AUGGUUCCUCGGGCUCGUGGGCUGGUACUGUGUUGCUUUCUGCUCCAGCUUCAGGGACCCCUGGGAGCUGUAGUUUUCAUAACCCAGGAGGAAGCACACAGUGUCCUACACAGGCAAAGGCGUGCCAACUCCUUCAUGGAGGAGCUUUGGCCGGGCUCCCUGGAGAGAGAGUGCCUUGAGGAGAAGUGCUCCUUUGAGGAGGCCCAAGAGAUCUUCAAGAGCCCCGAGAGGACCAAGCAGUUCUGGAUUGUUUACACUGAUGGGGACCAAUGCGCCUCAAAUCCGUGCCAGAACGGGGGCACCUGCGAGGACCACCUCCAGGCUUACAUCUGCUUCUGCCUCCUAGACUUUGAGGGCCGCAACUGUGAGACGAACAAGAAUGAGCAGCUGAUCUGUGCAAAGGAAAACGGUGACUGUGACCAGUACUGUGCUGACCAUCCGGGGACCAAGCGCACCUGCUCCUGUCACGAGGACUAUGUGCUCCAGCCGGAUGAGGUGUCCUGCAAACCGAAAGUUGAGUAUCCAUGUGGAAAAAUACCUGUUCUGGAAAAAAGAAAUUCCAGUGGUCCCCAAGGCCGGAUUGUGGGAGGCAAGGAGUGCCCCAAAGGGGAGUGUCCAUGGCAGGCUGUGUUGAAAAGCAGUGGGGCAUUGCUGUGUGGGGCCAUCCUGUUGGACACCGCAUGGAUAGUGUCUGCAGCCCACUGUUUUGAUAGGAUCCCGAGCUGGAGGAACAUAACGGUGGUGAUGGGUGAGCAUGACUUCAGUGAGAGCGAUGGGACCGAACAAGUACGGCGGGUGAUCCAGGUCGUAUUCCCUGACAAGUACGUCCGAGGCCAGAUCGACCACGACAUCGUCCUUCUUCGCCUCCACCGGCCUGUGACCUUGACUGACCACGUGGUACCCCUGUGUCUGCCUGAAAGGGCCUUCUCUGAGAUGACCCUAUCCAGAAUCCGCUUCUCAAGGGUCAGUGGCUGGGGCCAGCUGCUGGACCGUGGCGCCACAGCCCUGGAGCUCAUGGCUGUCGAAGUGCCCCGGAUGAUGACUCAGGACUGCCUGGAGCAUGCCAAGCACAGUCCUGACACGCCCCAAAUCACAGACAACAUGUUCUGCGCUGGCUACAUGGACGGCACUAAGGAUGCCUGCAAGGGAGACAGCGGUGGCCCACACGCCACACACUACCGUGGCACGUGGUACCUGACAGGUGUGGUCAGCUGGGGGGAGGGCUGUGCAGCUGUCGGCCACAUUGGGGUGUACACCAGGGUCUCCAGGUACACGGACUGGCUGAUCCAAGUCAUGAACUCCAAGCUCCAGGUUGGGAUUCAGCGAGUCAAACUAUUGUAGCUCCUUGGACAGCCCAGCCUUUCGGAAGGAGGAAAUUGCUGCUGUGGGGAUGCUGUUAUGUAUCAAAACCUAUUGACUCUCCUGCUAUUCCUGGGGUGGGGAAGGAGAAAGAGAUAAAGAGAGGAUCAAGAGUGA